UGACUUGUACAGGGACUGAUCCACUGAGGCCAAAGGAUGGCAAAAAGUGUAAUGGUAGCCUACGCCCUGUGGGCAUUAGGUGGGCCUUUGGGCCUUCACCAUUUAUAUUUAAGAAGAGACAGCCAUGCUCUGUUAUGGAUGCUAACCCUGGGUGGAUUUGGAUUUGGCUGGGUCAGAGAGUUCAUACGCAUUCCUGCAUAUGUUGGCGAGGCCAAUCAAGAUGCAGAGAAAGAGAGAAAAAGACCCCACACCAUGGGCCCUCCAUCUGUAGGUCCUGUCAGAUUUGCUGGACAGGUGUGUGUUGGGAUCUACUUUGGCACUGUGGCUCUGAUAGGCCUGAACUCCCUCCAUUUCUUCUACUUGAUUGUGCUGCCUUUAUGUGUGGGUGCAGGGGUACAUCUGGUGUCCAGUGUUGGCCAGCAGACCUCUGAUCUCCAUAAAAUUUUGACCGCCUGUCUCAUAACCUCCCCAAUAUUCUACGGCAGCACCUUAUCACCUCUUCCUAUAAGCCUGGCCGCCAGUGUCACUGCUGCACAGCACCGCAGGUUCAAACCUCCACAGACACCUGGGAGUAAACAGGAACUGGUUCCACGACUUUACAGGCUCGGCCUAGCCUGGCUGGCCUUCUCUGCCCCGCUGGGUUACUGUAUUUUCCAUAACACCACAGCAACACUGUACUACCUUUCUGACUGCGUAGCAGCACUGCUGGAUUUUUUCUGGUUUCUGCCAUGGCUCAGAAGUGUGUUGGAGUACAUUCUUUUAAUGCCAUAUCGGUUCUUGUGUUUUCUUACUGGCGGAGGGUACUAUGAAGAGGCUUGGAAGAAGGUGCUGGAAAUACUCCUCAAAGAGUACACCGAGGGAGAAAAAGAGGCACUGCGAGUAUUGUCACUGGAAGUAGAGGCAUCUCUUGAAGAGAUAACACGCAGCUAUAAGGAGCUGGCCAAGACAUGGCAUCCAGACCACAAUCCCAGCAAGGAUGCUGAGGCAAUGUUCGUGAAGAUCCACGAGGCUUAUGAGGUCCUUCUACGACGGCACAGACCUCAUCGAUUCAAAUAGUUGCCCUUCAUUCCUCACUGAGUGGGGUGAAUAGUUGCAAGGGCACAGUAGGACUCUUGAUGGCAUUGUUUUUCAGUUAUUAUUACCUUGUAUUUGUUCACGGAACAUGAAUCAAGAGCAGCGUAGAUACUUGGAUUGUGUUGACAGCCGUCUGUUUGGUUACUUGGCAGAGUUGGUGUCAAACAGCAGUUUGCUGCCACCUUGUGGUGAUAUCGAUGUAAUUUCACCAUAAACUAUUUCAUCAAAACAAUUGAAUUAAUGUUUUAAUGUGUGCUUUCUUGCUAUUAAACGCUUA